AACAGUCGUGAUUCGUGAUUACCGUCAAGAUUUCACAACAACGUAGAUAGUAGAUUUCGUCCCAACAUUAAAAUGAAAAUGGUGAUCUCACGAUGACAGAAAAGGAUCAUUUUAUUUUACCAUUACAUUCAAAUAACAACAACAUGUCAAAUAUAUUCCGUUCAUCGUUUCGCAACUUUUUUAUAUUUUUUAUAAUAUACAUAAUUGGAUUUUCAUAUUUAGUGGUUUACUUAGAGCAAAGUAAAUGGGAUAGUACUGAAAAAACAUUAAAUAAUUUAGCAAAAACAGUAAAAGAUCAAAAUGAGUUAAUCGAACAAAUUUAUCAAUUUAAUGAUCAAUUAAUAAAUAAUGUUAACAAAAAAAAAAUAAUAAAUAAAAAUACACCGACAAUAUUUGCCAUAACACCAACAUUUGCCAGACCGGUACAAAAAGCUGAAUUGACACGACUGGCCCAAGCAUUUCUCCAUGUACCCAAUUUUCAUUGGAUUGUCGUUGAAGAUUCGUCAGUCCGUACAAAAUUAGUAACACGAUUCUUAUGGGAAAGUGGUUUAAAUUAUCAACAUCUUAAUGCCAUCACACCUUCCAAUUAUAAAUUGGGAAUAAAUGAUCCGCAUUGGAAAAAACCACGUGGUGUUGCACAAAGAAAUACUGCUUUAACUUGGUUAAGAAAUAAUCAUAAUUCAAGCACAAAUGGUAUUGUUUACUUUGCUGAUGAUGACAAUACCUACUCUGUUAAAUUAUUCAAAGAGAUGGAGAAAAUAAAAGUAGUUGGUGUUUGGCCAGUAGGUUUAGUAGGUGGUUUGAUGGUCGAACGACCUAUUUGUGACAACACAACAAACAAAGUUACUGGAUUUAAUUCAUUAUGGAAACCCGACCGACCGUUUCCUAUAGAUAUGGCUGGUUUUGCAUUGAAUCUUAAAACAAUACUUGAAAAAAACGACGCUAAGUUUUCGUUUCAUGCUAAACCCGGUUAUCAAGAAUCAGAAUUUCUUGAGCAAAUGGUUACACGAGAUCAAUUAGAACCACUGGCUGAUUGCUGCACAAAAGUUUACGUCUGGCAUACGAGGACUGAAUCUCCGCAGUUACGAGAUGAACAACGCUUAGUAAAAUUGGGAAAAAAGUCUAAUGACAAUAUCGAAGUGUAGUAAUUUUUUAAAAAUUUAUUUACUUACAAUUUGUGAUAUAUUUGCGGUAUAUUCACUUUUAUAUACAUUUUAUUUUUUUUUAUUAUUAAUGUUCAGUAAAAAUUAUUAUAUUUUUUUCUUAUUAAAUAUUGAUAUAUACUCAUUACAUUAAAUGGGUGUUGAUAAUUUUAUUAGUGUAUUUAGAAACUAAAUUUAAAACAGCAUUGACUAUAUUUAAAAACUCUACUUUUAAAGUUAAUAAUCUAAAUGAUAUUAUAAUUAAAAAAAAAAAAGUUGUCAAUUAUUAGUUAAUAUAUUUUUUUCUUUACUGGGAAGAAUUAUUAGAUACUUAGAGCCAAAGAAGCCUAAGACAAAUUAUAAAUUUAUAUCAUUAAAAAAGA